CGUCUACUAAUUUGAUAUUUAAAUAUAUAUGUAAUUAUUUGAAUAUAAUGCAGUGUCAGUGCGAAAAUUUCAAUACUCCAUGUAUACUUGUACAUGGUGAUGUUGGAGAUUUUCAUGAUACGAUAAUUGAAAAAAUAGUGAGUUGUAAAACUGCAGCAUCCAUUGGAUAUCAAAGUUUGUUAGAUGGUGCAAAUUCUAUACAAGCUGUAGAAAUUGCAUUAUGGUGGUUAGAAUGCGAUGAAUUCUUUAAUUGUGGUUAUGGAUCGGUUUUAAAUAAUAUAGGAGAAGUACAAAUGGAUGCGAGCAUAGUAGAUGGUUUCAAAUCGGAAUGUGGGUCUGUAGCUGCAAUAUCAGACAUAGAGCAUCCAAUAUCUCUUGCCAGAUAUGUUUUGGAUAAUUUUCCCAACUCUAUCGUAGUAGGGGAAGGUGCAGGAAAAUUAACAAGAUAUGCAAAAUUAAACUGGCUGUCAAAAGGAAAUAUGACAGCACCUAUAGCACAUUUAGCUUACAAUGAAUCGCGAAAAAUAGGCUGUUCUGAUAUUAAUUUGGAUAUUGAAGAUCAACAGUUAUUGAACGUAUUAAAAAGUAAAUUAUAG